AUGGCCAAAAGGAUCUCUGCGCAGAGGGCCCUGGAAAUGAUUUUGGAAGAGAGAGAAGUUUUUGAUGAUGAUGUAGAGGCAGAGGAUUCAGAAGAAGAGGUUUCAGAAUUUGAGGAUCACAUUUCUGAAAAUUCAGAGUCUGACAGUGACUCUGAAGAAGAUGAUGAGAUUGAGCAUCAGCCAGUUCCAAAACGAAGACGAGCCACAGGACCAGGCCGUCAGCAGCCAGCCACAGGACCAGGCCAUGAGCAGCCAGCCACAGCAGGGAUGGCAGUUACUCACACACAGGACAUCGAGUCUUCUUUUGAGCUUUUCACAGAUUCCAUCCAGAAAAUUAUUCUUGACUGCACUAAUUUAGAAGGAAGACGUGUUUUUGGAGAGAGGUGGAAGGAAAUGGACCAAACCCAUUUACAUGCCUACUUCGGGGUCCUUAUCCUUGCUGGAGUUUUCAGGUCCAAAGGGGAAUCAGCAGAAUCCGUGUGGGAUGCAGAAACUGGCAGAGAAAUUUUCUGUGCAACAAUGUCUCUGGAAAACUUUCACAUAAUUUCCAGGAUUAUCCGCUUUGACAACCGAGAUGCCAGACCAGCUCGACGGCAGAGAGACAAACUAGCUGCCAUCAGGACAGUGUGGGACAAGUGGGUGAGCCGCCUCCCCCUGCUGUACAACCCUGGGCCAAAUGUCACCAUUGAUGAACAGCUGAUGCCAUUUAGGGGCCGCUGCCCCUUUCGGCAGUAUAUACCAUCUAAACCUGCAAAGUAUGGUAUAAAGAUCUGGGCUGCCUGUGAUGCCAGUUCCUCAUAUGCUUGGAACUUACAAGUCUACACAGGGAAAGCUGAUGGAGGAGCCCCCGAGAAAAACCAAGGAAUGAGAGUUGUCCUGGACAUGUCUCAGGGACUCAGUGGACACAACAUCACAUGCAACAAUUUUUUUACCUCGCACAAGCUGGGACAGGAGCUCCUAAAGAGGAAGCUGACCAUGGUGGGAACAAUACGGAAAAACAAGUCAGAGCUCCCACCUCAACUGCUGACUUCAAAGAACAGGCCUGUCAAGUCUUCCAAGUUUGCCUACAUGGCUGACACAUCCCUGGUAUCCUAUGUGCCAAAGAAAGGCAGGAAUGUGGUACUCAUGAGUACACUGCACGGGGAUGGAAGAAUCUGUGACCAGGAACAUCACAAACCAGAGAUCAUCAUGGAUUAUAAUGCCACAAAAGGAGGGGUAGACAACAUGGAGAAGCUGGUGACGGCCUACAGCUGCAAACGGAGGACUCUACGCUGGCCACUGGUGAUAUUCUUUGACAUGUUGGACAUCUCAGCAAACAACGCCUUUGUCAUUUGGAUGGCACUGAACCCAGAGUGGAACAGAGGGAAGCUCCAGAAGAGACGCUUCUUUCUUGAGGAUCUGGGAAAGGCAUUGGUGAGACCACAAAUCGAGGAAAGACAACAUGUCCCCAGAACCCCAGCCUCUGCAGCCAUCGUGAGGAGGAUUCAGGAGGAGAAUGCUGGUGCCCUAUCCACCCAACCUACAGAACCACAAUCUGCAGAAGCUGAAGUUGUGAACACCAGCAACAAGAAAAAGCGGUGCGAAGUGUGCGGACCCAAGAUGGACAGGAAAACACAAUAUACAUGCAUCAAGUGCAAAAAGUAUAUCUGCAACACACACACACUUGUGUUGUGCACCUGA